GCAGGUUUGUGUGUUGUUAAACAGGAAACGUUGAGAGGCGUUAGCAAUUAGCCUGUUGGCUACCACCACUACACACAGAAACUAAAACACAGCAAAGCAGUUAUCUGAAGAGGGAAUAAAGAGUAUCGUCUGCCCGGUUUAUUGGUUUUAUCGGUGCGACCGACAUGUCAGAGACGUACGAUUUUCUGUUUAAGUUCCUGGUGAUUGGCAGCGCUGGGACUGGAAAAUCAUGCCUCCUUCACCAGUUCAUAGAGAACAAGUUCAAACAGGACUCUAACCACACCAUCGGCGUCGAGUUUGGCUCCAGGGUUGUCAACGUUGGCGGAAAAACGGUCAAACUGCAGAUCUGGGACACGGCUGGGCAGGAGCGCUUCAGGUCAGUGACCCGCAGUUACUACCGUGGUGCAGCAGGGGCUCUUCUCGUUUAUGACAUCACAAGUCGGGAAACCUACAAUGCUCUAACUAACUGGCUGACGGACGCACGGACGCUGGCCAGCCCCAACAUCGUCAUCAUCCUGUGCGGGAAUAAGAAGGAUCUGGAUGCGGACCGUGAGGUCACCUUCCUAGAGGCGUCUCGUUUUGCCCAGGAGAACGAGCUGAUGUUUUUGGAGACGAGUGCUUUGACUGGGGAGAACGUAGAGGAAGCCUUUCUCAAAUGUGCUCGCAACAUCCUCAACAAGAUUGAGUCAGGCGAGUUGGACCCGGAGCGGAUGGGUUCUGGGAUCCAGUACGGUGACGCGUCCCUGCGGCAGCUCAGACAGCCCCGGGGCUCUGCCGCACAGACCAAGCAGCAGUGUAACUGUUAGGGGCCUGGACACCCUGACCGAUACUUGUCAUCAGACCAUACACACACAACCUCCCCCCUCAGCUCCGGGUGUCUCUGGGUUUGUACGCCCCCACCCCCAAAUGUGACCCUUCCACACCCAGACACAUCUGGAUCAUUUGUUAUGAAGUCCAUCUGCAACCUUUGACCUCUGACCUCAGAAAGCUGUUCACCUAGGACAGAUCUCCCUGGCUGCCUAGCGAGGGCCACGGGCAGUAGAGGUGAAUCC